UCCUACAACUUUCACCGUUCCUUCUCUUUCUCUCUCCCUUGCUCGAAACAAAACAACACAACCGGAAAAACCAUUCGUCUUGGUCUUGUGCCGCCGUUGUUUUCCACUAUCAACGCUUCGUUGUUCCGUGGUGAGCUGUGGAGGUGGGUGCUUGUUCGAUGGGGAAAUACAUGAAGAAAGCGAAACCAAAAGGAGAACUGCCUCUGGUGGAGUCCACCACCAACAACACUACCACCUCCUACAUGGGGGUUCGAACCCGCGCCAAAACCCUAGCUCUCCAAAAUUCUCAUCCUCAACCCCAAGGCUCUCCCACCUCCGAUUCCUACCUUCAGCUUCGGAGUCGUCGCCUUCACAAGCCUCCGAUUUCAAACCAUUCUUCUAAGCGUUCCAAACAGCCAAACCCUAAGUCCUCAACCCCUAACCGUCCCGGGCUCGGACUAGCUUUGGAAAAUGAUGCUCUAUCCCCUCGUAAUCUUCAACACAAGGAAGAGAAUAUUCUGCAUGAGAACGUCGAGGGUCAAGAAGCUUCCUUCGGAGAAAAUGUUUUGGAUUUUGAAGGUAGAGAGAGAAGCACCAGGGAAUCCACACCUUGCAGUUUGAUAAGGGACCCAGAUAUUGUCAGGACUCCUGGUUCAACUACCAGGCCUACUUGUUCGGCUGAAGCUCAACGAAGAACUGAGCAUGCAGCUAGAAGGCUAAUCCCAACUGCACAUGAAAUGGAUGAAUUCUUUGCUGAAAUUGAAGCGACUCAGCAAAGGCAGUUCAUUGAGAAGUACAACUUCGAUCCUGUGAAUGAGAAGCCACUCCCUGGGCGUUAUGAAUGGGAAAAGUUGAAAUCUUAGAAGGCUAGCUUAGUGUUCCAUCAAGUCAUCUUUGAAGUAGCAGGGUUAGAAUUUGUUGAAGCAGUGGUGGUGUUAUUUCCCUUUUCCAUCACCUUCUAUUUACUUGUAAAGAAAGUAGGAGUUUCAAAAUGUGUAGACUAAUGGUCUGUAACUUUACAGAGGUGAUGAUUACACAACAAUACAAAUCAAAGUCCUUUGUCUAACAGAUCAUGUCAUGGGGGGCAAGGAAAUGGGCUGUAGGUUGUAGGAUUAGGGAUAAGCCAAAUUAGGUCAGUAUGAGGUACAGGAAUUUAUUUAGGUUUUCUUUUGUUCUUGUAUUUUACUUUUCCUUGUCUAUACUUGUACUGAUGGAACUUGAACAAACUUUUAGAAAUAAAGACCAGAUUCCCCCAUGAAAAUGUCUGGCACUUCCUUUGUCAUCUGUGUUCUGCUCUUCGAAAUAUUGGCAUUGUUUCCACGAGACACUGAAUCUUUCAUUUGUUUUUUAGAUGAUACCAGCUGUUUUUGUGGGCUGUAGUAAUAUUG